AUGGCGGGCCUGCGGGGCUUCGUGCGCACCCAGGUGGAGCUGGCCCAGGUGGAGCUGGAGGGGCUGUUCCUGCUGCAUGAGGAGGAGACCCGGGAGGCGGUGGUGCCGCGCCUGGCCCUGGUGGAGCUGGCAGACGACCCGACCAACAACCGGCGUGGAUGGAACUUCCUGCAGGACCACCGCACCCGUGCAGCGCUGCCCACCACAGGAGAGCAAUGGCUGAUGGACCGGGUGGUGGCCACCGACUGGCUGCGGGCUGAGUGGGUGGGGGUGCGGCCGCAUGACCACCAGGUGAUGUGGCACACCACCGUGGUGGAUGCCUACCUGGGACAGGUGGACCAGUUCCUGGAGCGGCUGCUCCUGCUGAUGCACCUGACUGCUGGGCAGCCGGCGCGGGCCACUGAGCUGCUGGGGAUCCGACACAGCAACACUGUGUGUGGCCAGCAUCGCAAUCUCUUCAUCGAGCAUGGGGUGGUCAGUCUGGUGACGGCAUACCACAAGGGAUACAGCAUGACAGGGUCCACCAAGAUCAUCCAUCGCUACCUCCCGGCGGAGGUCAGUGAGCUUGUGGUGUACUAUCUAUGGCUGAUCCUGCCCUUUGCACGGGCAGUGCAGGCCCUGGCCCAUGGCACCCGGCAGGCACGCUCCCCCUUCCUGUGGCCACGGGGCCCCAAUCUGGCAGCGGGGGCAUGGGACAGUGGCCGGCUGCGGGGGGUGCUCCAGCGUGAGGCCCACAUACAUCUGUGUCACAACCUGGCUUCUCUCGUGUCGUACCUAGGGUUCUAG